AUGUUCAUCUCACCCGUUUUCAUCGCUGUAUGUCAGUUGUUGUUACGAUCCUCAGGAGCGGAAGCUGCAGUAGCGGCACCAGUACCAGCCGCUGGAGCCGCUGCGGGCGACGGUAAAGGAGCAACACACGUCAUUUUAGAUUAUGGUGACUUCAAUGGAAAAACACAAGGUGGAUUAGACACUUGGUAUUCGAUUCCCUAUGCCGAACCACCUCUUGGUGCCAGACGUUUCGCGUCACCUGUUGCUCCCACCAAGAAAUAUCCAAGCUUUGAUGCCACCAAAAUCUCACCUGGAUGUCUCGCCACUGACCCUCUAGCCGGCUCAGACCCUUCUGCCUUCAAUGCAACCAUCAUAGGUGUCUUAGAGUCCCUUCCACCAGGUGUAGCGACAGCCACAGAAAGCAGAGCAGGACAAGAAGACUGUUUGACCUUAGACGUAACCAGACCUUCUGGAAUACCCAAGGAUCAGAAAUUGCCCGUGAUCUUUUGGAUUUCUCAAUCCGCUUCAUCAACUGUUAACCCAGCAGGUUUGAUGGCUCGUGGAAAAAUGACUGGAAAGCCAUUUAUCUGGGUUUCAGCUAAUUGGAGAUCAAGUGCAUUUGGGUUCUUGGGUGGCAAAGAGAUGGCCGCUGCUGAUGCUGGUAAUCUUGGAUUGAAAGAUCAAAGAUUAGCCAUGGAAUGGGUUCAGAAACAUAUCGCCAACUUUGGAGGUGAUCCAAAACGAGUCACUCUGUAUGGAUCUAAUUUGGGAUCCAUGGCUGUAUCUCACCAAUUGGUGGCUUACGACGGUGACAGCAAGGGAUUAUUCCAAAAUGCCAUCCUUGGAGGAGCCGUUGCUCUCCCCAGUCCUAAAAUGCCAGCCGGUCAAGCAAUCUAUGACAGAUUUGUUAAAGCAGCUGGGUGCCCAGUCGGAGCUGGAUCACUCGCUUGUUUACGAGAAGUGAAAGUUGAAAAAUUAGUAGCUGCUGCCAAUACAUUCCCUGGAAUAUUUUCUCAACUUCGAUAUCCCUUACCAUUCCACGUUUAUGUAGAUGGAAAGUUUCUUACAGGAUCGGUUCAAGAUUUAGCAAAAGCCGGAAAAGUGGCCAAGGUACCUAUUAUCUUAGGAGCUUCUGAUGAUUCUGGAACAUUAGAUACCUUGGUUGAAGACGCUCAUAUCUUCAAUGAAACAGGUGUCACACCUUGUGCUUCACCUAGUGAUAUCGCCGGACUUUUAAAACUUUAUCCUUCUGAUCCAGCCCAAGGUUCACCGUUCAAUACCGGUUUACAAAACCAAUUGAACUCUGUCUCAAAACAAAUGGCAGCUCUAUUUGGUGAUAUUGCUUUCCAGGGUCUUCGAAGAUUCUUUUCACAAUCUGUUCAGGCUUCUAUGCCAGUUUAUGGGUUCAUUGACCGUGGAUUAAAACAAACCAAAUACCUUGGUUCAUACUCAGGUAUAAACACCGUGAGUGCCUUAAGAGCACCAAGUGCAGGAAGAAGUACAGAUAUCCAAACCCGUUACUUAAACUUCCUUUAUACCAAUGAUCCCAAUCCAAAAGGAGUCAAAGUUCAAUGGCCAAAAUACGGACCUAAUGCUCAAUUAAUGGAAUUCUCUGAUACUGAAUCUGGAAAGAUUGUUCCAGAUAACUUUAGAAAGGAUGGAAUUCAAUAUUAUAUUGAAAACAUUAUGGGUGAUAGUAAUAAAGGUAAACCAUCUGCUCAAAUUUUACAAUAA